GCGAACCAUUAAAUUCACCGGAUUUAAAACUUAGAAUUGCAAUAUAUAAAUACAACCAUCUAGACGCAUUCAAUUUCAAGUUUGCAACUCUGCCUUGAUUACUAUCAAUUGACAAAAAACAAAUCAAUUUGCCAUAUUUGUCUGUGUUGUGGACUACCAGUUACAGGAUUUGACCUUCUGAAGGUGACCGAUACGCGGACUACCCAGCUGGCUAGCUAGCCGCUCAGUCAGUCUGAUUUGUUACAGUGUUGUUGUAGUGUUUACGGCUGGGGUUUAAUCUGCCCAAUAAUUAAUCAAGAUGAGUGUAGUAACUGAUUCGGAUAAACGUAAACAAAUCUCUGUUAGAGGUAUCGUUGCUGUAGAGAAUGUAACUGAGGUGAAGAAAGCUUUUAAUCGCCAUGUACACUAUACGUUGGUGAAAGACAGAAAUGUUGCUACUCCGAGAGAUUAUUAUUUUGCAUUAGCUCACACAGUCAGGGACCACCUCGUCUCUAGGUGGAUUCGUACUCAACAAUACUAUUACGAAAAGGAUCCCAAGCGUGUUUAUUACCUUUCCUUGGAGUACUACAUGGGACGUUCACUCCAGAAUACAAUGAUUAACUUGGGCAUCCAAGGUACAGUGGAUGAGGCUUUAUAUCAAUUGGGCUUGGAUAUUGAGGAAUUGGAAGAAUUAGAGGAGGAUGCUGGUCUUGGCAAUGGAGGCCUUGGACGGCUUGCUGCCUGCUUCCUUGACUCUAUGGCCACCCUUGGAUUAGCAGCUUAUGGUUAUGGAAUACGGUACGAAUAUGGUAUCUUUGCACAGAAAAUAGAGAACGGUGAGCAACAGGAGGAACCCGAUGAUUGGCUGCGUUAUGGCAACCCAUGGGAGAAAGCCCGUCCCGAAUACAUGUUGCCUGUUAAUUUUUACGGUCAAGUUGUUGACACAUCGGAAGGGAAGAAAUGGGUUGAUACUCAGGUGGUGUUCGCGAUGCCGUAUGACAAUCCAAUUCCUGGUUACAACAACAAUGUAGUCAAUACGUUGCGGCUUUGGUCAGCCAAGAGUCCGAUUGACUUCAAUCUACGGUUCUUUAACUCUGGUGAUUACAUACAGGCGGUCCUUGAUCGUAAUAUCGCUGAGAAUAUUUCUCGAGUUCUCUAUCCCAAUGAUAAUUUCUUCGAGGGUAAGGAGUUGCGUCUACGUCAGGAGUAUUUCAUGUGCGCUGCUACGCUUCAAGACAUUAUCAGGAGAUACAAGGCGUCUAAGUUCGGAAGCCGCGAAGCUGUCAGAACAACAUUCGAUAGUUUGCCUGAGAAAGUUGCCAUACAAUUGAAUGAUACUCAUCCUGCCUUAGCUAUUCCCGAGCUUCUCAGGGUUCUCGUCGACAUAGAAAAAGUGCCAUAUGAUGAUGCUUGGAAACUAGUUGUUAAGUGCUGUGCAUAUACUAAUCAUACUGUAUUACCGGAAGCGUUAGAAAGGUGGCCAUGCUCCAUGCUGGAGAAUGUAUUACCACGUCACAUGCAGUUGAUCUAUCAUAUUAACUUUCUGCAUCUUCAAGAAGUGGAGAAACGAUGGCCGGGUGAUGCGGAUCGCGUGCGUCGUAUGUCUUUGAUCGAGGAAGAAGGAGAAAAACGCGUCAACAUGGCCAAUCUAUGUAUAGUAGGUUCACAUGCUGUUAAUGGGGUCGCUGCCAUACAUUCUGAUAUUCUUAAGGCAACUGUCUUCCGUGAUUUUUACGAGAUGUGGCCAGAGAAAUUCCAGAACAAGACUAAUGGUAUUACCCCACGACGUUGGUUGUUGCUAUGUAAUCCUGGACUCUCUGAUUUGAUAUGUGAUAAAAUCGGCGAAGAUUGGACGGUACAUUUAGACAAACUGCAAGACUUGAAGCGAUGGGCCAAGGAUCCGGCUUUUCAGCGAGCUGUUAUGAAGGUGAAGCAAGAAAAUAAGUUGAAACUCGCAUCAUUGAUUGAAAGGGAUACUGGUGUGAAGAUUAAUCCGGCUUCCAUGUUCGACGUUCAAGUGAAACGGAUUCAUGAAUACAAACGUCAGCUGUUGAAUAUAUUACAUGUAGUUACGAUGUACAAUAGGAUCAAGCGUGACCCGUCCUCUGUGGUUACUCCUAGAACAGUGAUGAUCGGUGGAAAAGCUGCUCCGGGUUAUUACGUUGCUAAGCAAAUUAUUGCAUUAGCUUGUGCAGUUGGAAAGACCGUAAACAAUGAUCCGGACGUCGGUGAUAAAUUGAAGCUUAUAUAUUUGGAGAACUAUCGAGUGACGUUGGCCGAACGUAUCAUGCCUGCUGCAGAUCUCAGUGAACAGAUUUCGACUGCCGGGACUGAGGCAUCGGGCACCGGUAAUAUGAAGUUCAUGCUGAACGGUGCUAUCACCAUUGGAACCAUGGAUGGCGCCAACGUCGAAAUGGCGGAAGAAGCAGGCGAGCAGAACAUGUUCAUUUUUGGAAUGAGGGUUAACGACGUUGAGAAAUUACAGCGUAGCGGGUACAACGCAUACGAAUAUUACGAGCGCAACCCGGAACUACGGCAAUGUAUCGAGCAGAUCCGCAGUGGGUACUUCUCUCCAGAGGAGCCCACUCGGUUUGCGCACAUCGCCGAUGUACUGCUGCACCACGACCGGUUCCUUCAUCUGGCAGACUACGAUGCAUACAUUGACGCCCAGCAGAAAGUCUCAGACGUGUACCAGGUAACGUAUACACGUCGGUUCUCCUAAAAU